AGCGGAGUAAGCAGUUUUACCUACGUUUCGACUGUAAACCGUGAAUAUGAUAGCGAAAUGUAAAAACGAGGAGUGUUGCUUGUUAGCUAUCAUUAGCAGAUUCAGAAAAUUUAAGUUUAUUUCUGGAAUGUUUAAUUAACGAGGUAUUAACGAUCAAAGGCUGAAACUUAAUAAAAAAGCUAACUUAAUCACAGUGGUUUUCAUCAGACUCCGUCUUCGUUUCCAGUUCUUCAGUAGAUCUGCCUUAAUGUUUGCUUGUACUUUUUUUUUACUAAUAGUAAUAAUCAUGCAUUUUUUAUGCUUGUCAAACGUUGGAUUGUUGUCCUGAAGCUUGGUUGAAAAGCGAUGCGCGAGGAAUCAACAAGGUAUCAACUGCCUUGUAAGACUGGAAGAAGAUAUGUUUUCUGGUCACUGUUGAUGGGGUGCGUUACUAUAGUUUUAGUGAUAGGGCGAUUAUGGCUGGGAGUCACAAAACAAGAAAAGACAGAGGACGACAUUUCUUCGCCGUCUUACCAGACUAAACUAACCACAAACUGGACAAGCUGUGCGUUGUGGUUAUUUAUCUGCUAAGCGCAUUAUCGUGUCUCGAGUAUGGCAGGUGUUCACAUUUGGCAGGAAAAUAUAGUGCCAACUUUUUGGGCUUUCUCUUAUAUGAAAACGGGAUAUAACUGGUAACAUUACUAUUUGUCCUGGUACAUCUAAUAUCUCUUCAACACCAUGGACGUCGUCGACAAAAGAAAUGAGCUGAGAAUUUCAGCCAAAGGAGUCCAAGCCAUCUUUAAAGCUGACCAAUUCAAGGCUGCCGGGGAAGGAAUGCAGGAGGACAAUGAUGGACAUACUUUUGUAGACGUGCUGCUGUUUGGUGGUGCGCCUUGGGGAUUCACUCUCCGAGGGGGACUGGAGCACCGUGAACCUCUACACAUUACUAAGGUGGAGGACGGUGGCAAGGCGGCGGCGGUCUGUCUCCAGGCUGGAGAUGAGAUCGUCAGCAUCAACACAGUUCCCCUCAGUGGAUCCAGGGAGGAGGCCAUCUGUCUGGUCAAAGGCUCCCACAGGACCCUGGCCCUGGUUGUCAGAAGGAAUAUGAAAACGGUGGACAUCGUUUCACAGACCACAAUGCCAUCUGACACUGACAUGCAUGUGGCCCGGAACUUUCUCACCAAGAUACUACGAAGUUCUAUGAGAAAGAACCGCUUCAAGGGGAGUAAUGAAACCGCCUCCUGGCCCCAAUCAUGGCAGCCCUCCAGGUUCACAGAAGACCACCGCGGAGCCACGGAGAGGUACGAGGAGCCUCCAGACACUCCUGUAUGUCAGGUGAACCAUGAAAUGAGUGCAUCCACAACAGACCUCUCAAGCUGCGAGGAUCACAACCUAGACCUGCGGCAGAUAUCCAGCCAGUUCAUCUCUGUGCGGAAAAUGGAGAGAGUAGAGAGGCCCUCACGGCCGUACCCCUCAGCGUGCGUCUCCCCCAGCUGGUACCGCAGCAGCGCCGAGCCUUCCUCCGUCGGUAAAGGCUCCGCUGGGAAGAGAGACUCGGCCUUCAGCUGUCUGUCCUCCAGCAGCCCUCCCCCGGAGUCGGCUCCACCCCUAGCCGGCACUGAGGGUAGCAUGUUCUACAAGGGGCUCCAGACUCAGAGCAGCGAGGUGGCGAGGCAGGCCCCCAGCAGGCAUCUGCAGCUCCCUCAGGGGAUCGCGGGCUGGGAGAGCCCCGGGACAGUCCCGGAAGAGCAGCCUGGUUCCCGUUACUCGAGCUCGGGCUCCGCCCAUGGCAGCAGGUCACACAUAGGGCCCGUGUGGCACGUCCCUGAGAGGAGAACGGCGGCCCCGUCUCCUCCCCCCCCGCCCCCUCCCCUUCGCAGUGACAGUUUCGCUGCCACCAAGGUGUUCCCGGCAUACACCGAGGGGCCUGGGGCCCCUCUACGCGGUCAGGUGAAGGUCCAGGGCCGAGGUGGGGACAAGCUGGCUGAAGGCCCAGAGAGCAACGCCUACAGGGUCCCUGGAUACCAUAUCGCUCACUUGUCUCACGUUGAGAAAGCACCAGAGGCCAGGCGCGGUUACAUCCAGCCGUGCGGUAAAGAAUUCCCUCUCCGAGACGUUCCGGCUGGGGCGCCUGACUACAACCACAACCAGCUACACCUCCAGAAUAAACUGUUUUCCCUGUCUAGCCAGGACGUGAGACAGAGUCAGUCGUCUUUGCCCAGCCACCAGAGGCAGUACAGCGAUGAAAGCCCGUUCUACCUGCAGUCCAGAACCGCGCCGCACCCGCCGAAGCCUCAGAGUGUCGGGAGCUACUACCGGAGCCUCCAGGAGCUCCCGACAGACCUCUUCAACGGUCGUAACCAGGUGAAGUCGUCCACCGCUUCCCUGUCCAGCUCCACCAUCGACCAGAACCACGACAGUGCAGGACAAAUCAGGUAUUACUGCAUCACAACCAAGCAGCCAGACCAACCUGAGGGCCACGCUAGACCCGGUAAAGCAGAGGUGUGGAGGAAUGACACAGAGCUAGCUAAAGCGACCAAAGACAGGGGCUCCGUCAGUUCCUCCCAUAACAACAGGGUGAAGUAUCCUCUACCUCCUCAGUCUCAAACUCCUCACCCCGACUGCAACAGCAAGGAGCGGAACGGACACUCCAAACCGGCCAGCAGUCUGAUAUACGAGCACAAAACCUCAACGUCCUCGUCUUGGUCUGGUAAAUGUAUCACAGAGGAGAGAGGAGAGCGGAGUGAGGGACGGAGACCUUCUUCAGAGGCCCAUCUUAGAAGGUCUUGCUCUCCCAGUCCACCCAAAGUCCACCAGACAGCGCCGCUGAGAGGCGCGGACCCACAGGUCUGUCUGGACAUCCAUAAGAUCUCCCCGAAAAAGACCCCCAUGCUCCACAGUCUGGCUCAGGACGGAGGGAGUCCGGCUGAGAGGAAGCCUCCAGCUACGACGCCAUCGGCGUCCAGCGACGGGGGCACCACCCACCAUGAGGCCUCAGCGGACGGCACGGCAGCGGGCAGGCUGGCGAGACGGAGCGACCGCUACGCCACCACCCUCCGCAACGAGAUCCAGCUGAAAAGGGCCCAGCUCCAGAAGAGCCGGAGUGCCGCCACCCUGAGCUGCCCCAGCGAGACCGAGGAGCAGGACAGUCACACAGACCUGGGGGCAUGGAGGUCUAACGAGGCGUCCACCUUCUCCUCUGAAGGCUCCUCCUCCUACAAGGACCACCUGAAGGAAGCGCAGGCUCGAGUCCUCCAGGCAACCUCCUUCAGGAGAAGAGACCUGGAACCUUCCGGGUCAGGGUUGGAGGCCUCGUUAACCAAACCCGACGGACACGUUGUCUCACGCAUCGGCAGCCGCAAGCGCUUCCCUCUAAACAAGAGGAUCCACUCUUUCUCUGAGCCGGACAAGAUCAACACGCUGGGGGUUGACAGGGAGCGUUCUGGUGGAACACCAGGGUCAUUCGUGGACCGGCGCAAGUUCUUUGAAAUGGCUGCUAAACCGGCUUUCUCCAAACCCAUCCCGGCCUUACCCAAUCCUGGCCAGCAGAACUCCAGCACAGGGGGCCACGGCGAGGGCAAGGGCAGAGGAAGAGCCCAAUCAGGGGAUACUGAGGGGGACCAUCGCUCAGAUCGGCAGGCCCAGCUAGAGCAGCAGAGACUGGGGACCUUCGCUGAGUACCAGGCCACGUGGGGCAUGCAGGGGAAAACUCCGGACACAAAGACCCAGGGGAGGUAUCACUCUGCUGAAAACAUCCUGGACCAGGGAACAGAGAUGCCUGCCUGUAUCCAUGAGAGGUCCCGCUCAUCUCCCUCGGCUGACUUCGGUGGAAAGAAUAAGCCUGUGCCAUGGACAGAUUCUGUUGAAAACCCGUAUCUGGAUUAUAAACAGGACCAGCAUGGAAGUUCUACCACCAGAGAGCAGAGUGAGAGCGGAGACGGAGGGCAAUCGUCCCGGCAGCAUCAGUUCCCACAGCCUCCACAGCCGUCUAUUCCAAGACUGACCGACUCCCAGUCCCACUGUGACAGCAGCGACGUGGCCACCCCCACACUCCUCCCACACCCCUCUGACCACACGCGCAAAACUGACCCCACGGGCCCCGCCCACGCUCCCCCUCCGUACCCUCCCGACCACACCCGCAGCUCUGUCUCUGGGCGUCCGCAUGCACCACCCGCUGCCGGUCCCCUGAAUGCAGGCCUCGUUGCGCCUUCGUGGUCACCCCAGGGCCUGGAGGCCUCACCAACCACAUCCUCCAGCUGUGGACACUCCGCCCAGGAAUUUGUGCCUGGCUCACACUCCCACCAGACUGACCCGGUGGAGGCGCCGUCCAGCAGCUCUCGCCCCGACACAGAGCUGUAUCCUGCCCCAAAGCAAGCCUCCGCCUGGCCCCGCUCUCCCUCCCCUGGUGGCACCGCUCGACUGAACACAGAGGAGGAGAAAGAGGAGGUGGCAGCAGAUUCAUCCUCCCCUGUCCACCCCCACCAGUCUGCCAGUCUACUGGUUGCCUCUUCAGAUGGGACUCGUUGUGCGUCUCCUCGGCUACCUCCUCCGACGCUGACGGACCAGCCCCCCAUCCCUCGGUCAACGCAGGAUGAAGCACAGGGCAGGUCAGAGAACAGGACUGACAAGGGGAUGGAGAUCGGUGGUGGUGUGAAGAAGGUUCCUGUGAAGAUCGUCCACUCUGAGAGCCCCACAGAGAGAGAAAACCGACAGUAUCUGUUGAACAGUGAUGCAAAUUGGGCCCCUGGAAGUUUUGAGGGGCCCAAACUUCCCUGGCCCCAACAGACCAGCCUUCCUUCCCAUGAGCCCCAGCCCUAUUCCCUAUUCUGUGCCUACACCCCCUCCAUACACAAGGACACCCCCAGCGUUCCUAACCCCAGCAUAUCCGCAAAAGAGGUCCUGUCCCUGGGACCUUCCCAGACCAACGGCACCUCCUGUAACUCGGGUCUCCAGCAACAGCCACCGAAGUGUUGCUCCGAGGAGGAUGCGAAGAGGGAGGAGCUAGCGAGAGACAUCAUGGACAAGGACAAGUCUCUGGUGGACAUCUUGGACCAAAGCAAGAUGAAGACCACCAUGGAUCUGAUGGAGGGCAUCUUCCCCCGGGGGGACCGCAUCCUGGACGCAGCGCACCAGAGAAGAAAGGUCUCCCCCAAGCGGGGUUUACCACCCAGAAGUUCAGAGGACAGGGGGGGAGCUGCCGUUCCAGUGGCAGCCCUGGUAACCAGCUCCUCCUACUACAGCACCUCUGCCCCCAAGGCGGAGCUGCUCAACAGGAUGAAGGGCAUGCAGGAGGAUGAGCUGGGGGUGCUGGAGCAGGACUCUGGGGACGAACUGGACGUCAACUUGGCCAGCAAGAAGCAAGAGCUGAUCGACAGCCUGAGCAGGAAGCUGCAGGUGCUGCGCGAGGCCAGGGAGAGCCUCCGGGAGGACGUCCAGGACAACAACGCCCUGGGGGACGAGGUGGAAGCCAGUGUGCAGAGGGUCUGCAGGCCCAACGAACUGGAGAAGUUCAAGAUGUUCGUGGGGGACCUGGACAAGGUGGUCAGCCUGCUGCUGUCCCUGUCUGGCCGACUGGCCAGGGUGGAGAACGCCCUCAACAGUCUGGAGGAGGACACCACACCAGAAGAGAGGCGAACGCUGACUGAAAAGAGGAAGCUAUUGAUCAGACAACACGAAGACGCCAAAGAGCUCAAGGAGAACCUGGACCGGCGGGAACGCCUGGUUUACACCAUCAUGGCCGCUCACCUCAGCAAAGAGAGCUUGGCAGACUACAAGCACUUUGUCAAGAUGAAGUCAGCCCUCAUCAUUGAGCAGCGCAAGCUGGAGGACAAGAUCAAACUAGGGGAGGAGCAGCUCAAAUGUCUGCUGGAUAGCCUGUCUGUGGAGCAGAGGCUGCUGUUCUGACCGUGACCACAUGAGGGCGCUGUGGGAUGGCGACAGUGGCGCUGACUGGCCUUUAGAUGGCCUCAGAGAGGUGCUGUGGGUCUUAGACAUGGAGGAUUUCCUGCGUGCUGUAUGCUUUACUCGAUUGACUUCUUUAAGCAUGUUACAUUUCAGUUCCACACUACAGGCAGGAGCUGUUGUUCUGUGCUGAAGAAAAUGAUUUUAAAUUGAUUACAUUUGCUUUACUCAAUGUGUUUGAUUCAGGGAUGGGCUCACUGUGAGUUCUACACCCCUGAAAGGAUUCUACCGACUAGGCAGAACGUCAAAAUUUUAUAUAAUGUGUGUUUUGAAAUACAUUGUUUUUAGUAAUUUAUUGUAGCCUUUUAAAUAUGAGUUGACAUUUCGGGUAAACGUACCUAUAAUCCUACUUUACAAAACAAAUUAUUCCUAUUAUUCUUAUAUUUCUAUAUCUGAAGUAUACAUUUUAUGAGAAGAGGUAACUGGAUUUGGUUUCUUUAAGGGACAGGGCUGGUUUGGAUCAGCGGUCAUAAAUUAUUUUCAUAUGUACAGUACAUAAGAAGUACUUUCAUAAUGAUAGGCAUAACACAUAUUAAAAUGAAUAAUAAUGACAAUACUGUGCAUAGUAAGAGAUGUGCGUGCUAUAUCACUCCUCUCCUCGUAACCGGGUGGUGUACCAUGUUCCCUUCUUACUCUGCGUAAAGGAAUUUACCUUUUCUGGUCUGUUUCAUUACAAAAGUAUAAAACUGCCCUUGGACAGUUGAAAUCAUGACCAAACACUGAGUUAGCACUUUAUAUUCCCAGAAUCCCCCCAGUUAGGGACACGUCUCAAUCAUUUAUUGUGCCUGAGUGUGUGCCACUACGAACACUGAGGAUUUGUAUUCAUAGUUAAGUUGACACGCAUAUGUGUAACUCGAAAUAUUAUAUAAGCAUACAUACUGGCAUUGUACUCUCACGGUCAUUUGAAAACAAUAAACGGUUGUUGAAAUGAAAA